AUGUUUUCUAGAUUUCUUGCCACUGGGGACUCAUUCAGGACCAACGCGUCUAGCUUCAGGGUUGGGGUCGCCACCGUGUGCAAGAUUGUCCCCCAGGUAGUGACUGCCAUCUGGGACUGCCUUGUGGAGGACUACAUGGCUGUGCCCACCACUGAUACCUGGAGGUCCAUUGCAGAGGAAUUUCAGGAGCGUUGGAACUUCCCUCUGUGCUGUGGAGCGGUGGAUGGGAAGCAUGUGGUGAUAAAGGCACCCCCCAACUCAGGAUCCCAGUUCCACAAUUACAAGGGAACCUUCUCCAUCGUUCUCCUUGCAGUUGUGGAUGCAAACUAUUGCUUCCGGGUGAUUUAUGUUGGGGGGUACGGCAGGACCAGUGACGGCGGGAUUCUGGCCAACUCCGCCUUUGGACAGGCUCUCCAGGCUGGCACACUUCAUCUGCCUCCUGACCAGUCUCUACCUGGUGCUGAACAAAGAGGACCCCUGCCCCAUGUCUUCGUGGCUGAUGAGGCAUUCCCGCUGCGGAAGAACCUCAUGCGGCCCUUCCCUGGACACUCCCUUCCUCCAGAGAGGCGUGUCUUCAAUUACCGUCUCUCCAGAGCCCGGCUGGUGGUGGAAGAUGCCUUUGGCAUCCUCUCCUCACAGUGGAGGAUGUACCGGCGGCUCAUCGAGCUCCACCCUGAAGUUGCAGAGAAGUGUGUGAAGGCGACAUGUGUUCUCCACAACUUCAUGAGGUGUUCGAUGGGCACAGAGGCACCUGCUGUGAGGGGUGCAGGAAAUGCUGGUGAGUUGCCGUUGCCAGGUCUGGGUCGGGUUGCGGCAAACAACUCCUCCAGAGAGGCAAUCCGGGUGAGGGAAGUGUUCAUGUCACACUUCUCAGCAGAGGGAGCAGUAACAUGGCAGCCGAUAGAGUAAUGUUUGAAGUCGUACUCAUGACUUCCCCACAACGGCUCUUUUAAGAGCCACCCACAAACCUAUAAAGAGCAUCAACUCACAG